CCACUGUCUUAUCAUACACGGAUCUCCCGUAGCGCCGUCGUAGAACAACAGAACCUGCACAGGCCGUUUCUGUGGAUAGUCAUGAAGGAGAAGCUGCUUUACAGAGGUGGGCAUCCAAGGUCGGCUGUGGAUGUCAGAUCUUGGAUAGGUGCCUGUCACUCGGUCACGCGUUCAG